AUGUUCUCUGCGUCGCUCACUCACUUGCUCUCAAACAAACAUUCACGAAAGAGCCCGAAGGCUCAGCUUCUGGAAAGGGAGUUUGACGGGUUUCGUUCUACGCUUAUUAUGAUGCUUCACGUCGGAUUGAACCCCCAACCAAAUUCAUCUCUGCACCCCAUCAGCCCUGUCACCCCGAGAAGCGUCGCAAAACUCACACCACACUAUUGCAACUAUACUAGUGACAUCACAGUGGGGACAGAUGGGUAUAUGAUAGUAGAAGAGACUCGGACGACGGACCGCAGCUACGAGAGGUUGCCGUCAGAGACAGAAUCCCAGCAAGCUCCGGAUUUCACGAUUACAGCGGAGUCACCGAGGAUCUCGACAGAUGCCACACCAACUAAUUUCCAAGGGUGGUACUAUGGAGGAAGAACAACAGCGCAGUCUAUCGCCUGUCCUACAACGCAAACCUUUUCGAUUACCAGUCCAUAUGCCGACUGCUUAGACCCUGGAGCGACAGCGGUCGCCACAGACUGUGUGUCAAAUGUGCUCACGUAUGAUGGCGGUCCCACAUUUGCAUGCCCCGAAGAUGCCAGUUGCUACGUUAUGACUGUCUCAUUCACCUCAUCCAUGGUCGAACGAUACAUGUGCGCCAAGGACUGGUAUGCGGAUAUUAUUUAUCGCGAUCAGACAGAGUCUCCCAACAGCACCACAAUAGAUACAACCAUACCAACUUCCACCACAUCUCAGUUUGCGAGUCCGACUAGUACAGAAUUGGCCGAUACAACUAGUUCCAGCACGGGGAGCACUUCACUUUCCGGUGGUGCGAUUGCGGGAAUUGUUAUAGGAUGUGUCAUUGCUAUCCUGGUCAUCGCAAUUGUUUUCUUCCGAAAACAAAUUUCUCGCCGCUUCAAAAGGCCAGCGUCCGAGGGUUCAACAGAAAUGUUGGACUCCAACGAGAUAUUUGAGAUCGGUCAUUCAAAUAAUGCUUCCGCUGUCACGGGCUCAGUUUUCAAUACCCCGGCGGUCAAGAAGAAUGACGAGGUACAAGAAAUUGGGAUAGGAAAAUAA